GCCAUGAAUGUGUCCACAUCCUCCUGAAAAAGGAUAAAUUGGAAGAGAGAAAAAAGGAUUUUGAGACUUGCAGCACACACAUUUUGCAUAUUUGAGGUUAGUUUCACAUUACUCACAACAAAUACAGCUUCCGGGAUUCCUGCGUACGUCUUCUGACUAUCAGGCAGUUUAGGCAUCUCUACCGAGGACAUUUUAGCACGCAAACUAAGUUUAACUUGGUGAAAAUUGCCAAAAUUUUAACAGAUUGCCCGAGGUUUUCGGAGAACAAAAAAAAAGAAGACCGACUAUCCAGGUUUAUCCAACUUAUCCAGGAAAACAAACCAAGGAAUUUUUUGUACUAAGAGUUUUCCUGACUUUUUUUUUAGUUUUACGGUUUAUAUUGAUUGCAAGAACUCACGGAUGAUCCAGAGAUAACCUCAAAAAAAUGUCAUUUUUGAAGAAUAUCUUGUCUCGGGCAUUGAGUAAUCUGCCUCCUACGCCUCAGGUGCAAGCAAUUAGAUUUCGCUAUCAUGCAGAUAAAGUAGCACGUGGUCCACUUGUUCGGAGGCACGGCUAUAGAGACCCAAUCAUUCAAGGAGGACUCCUACCUCGCUAUGAUUGCGGCCGGAAACUCCCAAUGCCGGUCUACAAGCCAAAGAAUCCUUACUCGUUGAGACGAUCUGUUCUGGGGCAGAAUGACUACAUUGAUAUCCUUGGAAAUGACAAAUUGCACCCAACAAAGGUUCUCUAUUCACUCCCAUCGUGGCUUCGUGGAGCCUCUGGAAAUGAAUAUCAGCUACUCCUGAGAAAGCGAAAGGUACUCAGCAAAGGUCUCUAUCCCAUCGUUCGUCCAACUAAGUGGAAUCACAUGCAGAAGCGUAUCAAAUACCUCUACUACUGGCUCAAUAAGAAAACUAAAACAGGAUAUGCACAGGAUAAGUAGUGAAGCACUGGAUGUCACUGAUAGUAUAAAAUUCGUUAAAAAUUA